UUGAAGUGCCCCUUAAUUUGUGGAUCAUUCAAACAAAACCAAUGACGUUACAUAGGAAAACAUCAAUUCCCAUGAGGAGAAACUAGAGUUGGAAAGAGAAGAUCCCAACCCCCAAACAUUAAUUGCAAAAUUUUAAUGCAAUAGAGAUGGAGUCUUCUCUACCAAACACAAAAACCCUUCUAGCUCUCUCCCUCAUCAUCACCACCCUCUGCAUCACCUCAUUUGCAACUGCUACCGCAACCGAUAUCGCCUACCAUGGCGGCCCUCUCCUCUCCGGCAACGUCAGCCUCACCGUGUUAUGGUACGGCCAAUUCCAGCCUAUUGAGAAGAGAGUGAUCCGGAACUUUGUCAAAUCCCUAAGCCUCGAAGGUGUGCAAAUGUACUUUCAGCCUCACGUCUCGUGUUGGUGGCGACAGGUGGAGAGCUACAUUGCUGCUGCUGAUGGGAAAAAGAGCGGUCAAUCAGCGAGAGUUAACAUGAGGAUUGUGAGGGAAGUAGAUGAUGAAAAUGCCUCUGUUGGGAAGGCUUUGGUGAGCGAUUUGCUCCCCGGUUUGCUGAAGAAAGCAACUGCAGGAUUGCCAAACACCAUUGCUGUUAUCUUUGCUGCUAAGGAUGUUUCAGUGCUAGACACUUGCAAAACCUCAACAUGCUACGAUCGUGGAGUAGUUGGAAAGCAACUAUACAUUGUAGUAGGUAACCCGGAAGAACAGUGUCCAGGGUUGUGCGCAGUGCCAUAUCACAAGUCGGAUGUUACUAUCGUGCGUCCGGCAGCUUUAACACUAGAACCAGCGAGCGGAGAUAUCGGUGCGGAUGCCAUGCUCGUACAGUUUGCGUCAGCACUGACAGAGACCGUCACCAAUCCUUUCAAUACCGGUUACUUCUUCAGCGGCUUGAAAUUGGGAAAAACUUUUUUGCAGGCUGCAAGUGCAUGCGAGGGCGCAUUUGCGAGUGGAGCAAUGCCCGGAUACCCUGGAAAUGUCCGUGUCGACCCAGAUUCCGGUGGCGCAUUCAAUGCACAUGGCUUCAAUAAUUCCAAGUUCCUCCUGCCUGCACUCUGGGAUCUCAAAACUUCUUCAUGCUGGACCACCUUGUAAUACAUAUAUAUACAGUGCUUUUAACUGCUUGUAGUUGUCUGUGAUUUGGGAGAGCUCAAUAAUAUCUAUCUUGUGCAUUUUCAAAA